AUGGCCAUUCGCCCCAUGAAGUUCACACCCGAGGUUCUCCUCGGUGCCCCCAGGCGGUCCUCAGCUGCCCCCAACGCAGCGGGUAGCCUCGCCGUUUAUACCCAGACCUCGUAUUCCUUCGAGUCGCAUUCCAAGACGAACGAGAUCCGCGUCCUCGACAUCGAAUCCGGCCGAUCAGCCCUCAUCACUAACGACCCCGGUGCCAGCAACCCGCAAUGGCUCGGCGCGGGCGACCAGCUCGUCUGGCUGAAGACCAAGGCCAACGGCAACACCAGCUUCAUCAUCGGCGAUGCCCGUGCGGUCGAUAAGACUUACACUGCAGGCACCGUCCCAGGCCCUGUUUCCGACUUGAAAGUCACUGUCAUCGAGCCUGGCAAGAUCGGUUUCGCCGUCAGCGGCAAGGCCAACCCCGACGGCUCCUUGUAUAACCCCCAUGAUGCCAAGAAGCCGUACACGUCUGGACGUCUGUACACGUCGCUUUUUGUUCGACACUGGGAUUCCUACAUUGAGCCUCAGAAGAAUGCUAUUUGGUACGGUCUGCUGCAGCAGGCACCGUUGGCCCCGGCUCGUAGACAAGCAGGCAAGUUCUCCGUUUCGGGUCUGACGAACUUGAUCUCGGUCUCGGGUUUGGGUGCUGUUGAGUCUCCUAUCCCUCCAUUUGGAGGCACGGGCGACUUUGAUAUCAGCCCGUCCGCUAUCGUAUUCAUUGCCAAAGACCCGGAUGUGAACCCGGCCACACACACCGCCUGUUCGUGCUACUAUGCCCCUAUGUUCUCCUGGACUAGCAUGAGUGCAUCCGAUGCGAAAGUGUGCAAGGUGAAUGCUCUCAGGGGCGCAAUGUCGUCUCCUGUUCUGUCUUCGGACGGUGGCUCUAUUGCCCUUCUAGCUAUGGCUACGGAUGGCUACGAGUCAGACAAAAAUCGCAUUCUCUACGUGCCUAACCCAUGGAAUGGAGAUAUGAUUGAGGUCUUCGAGUCUGCCGAUGGCAAGGGACAGUGGGAUCUGAGUCCUUCGUCUAUUUCCUUCGCUUACGACGACAAGUCGUUGCUCAUUCAGGCCGAAGAACUCGGACGCGGACUGCUCUUCCAGCUUCCUCUGGAACACAUCAAGGAGGCUAAGCCUGAUGUAUUGAAGAGACUCACCCGUUCAGGAUUUGUCAAUGAUGUAGCUCCCGCCGCUGUUGGCUCUUCAAAGCUGUUCCUUUCCAGCAGCAGCCUUGUCGACAACAGCAUAUGGUCUAUUCUUGACCCAGCCAACCCCGAUGAGGUCCAAAUAGUCUCUUCAAAUGGUCGCGGUGGAGUAUCGUUUGGUCUAUCGCCGGCUCAAGUGGAUGAGAUUUGGUUCCGUGGUGCGGAGGACCACCCUGUGCAUGCUUUUGUGGUGAAGCCUUCCUACUUCAAGCCCGGCGAGAAAUACCCCUUGGCCUACCUGAUCCAUGGUGGCCCUCAAGGCGCAUGGAAUGACCAGUGGAGCACUCGGUGGAACCCCGCUGUCUUCGCUGAACAGGGCUAUGUCGUUAUUACGCCUAACCCGACAGGAAGUACUGGAUACGGGCAGCCAUUCACCGAUGCCAUCCGCGGCCAGUGGGGCGGACGUCCCUAUGAAGACCUUGUUAAGGGCUUUGCAUAUAUCGAGCAAAACCUGGACUACGUUGAUACCGAACGGGCCGUCGCGCUUGGCGCCUCGUACGGCGGCUACAUGAUGAACUGGAUCCAAGGACACGAUCUUGGCCGCAAAUUCAAGGCCCUCGUCACCCACGACGGAGUAUUCAGCAUGACUUCGCAGCUGGCUAGUGAAGAGCAGUACUUCCCUCUGCACGACUUGAAGGGCCCCAUUUGGAAAGUUCCAGAAAACUGGGCUGAAUGGGAUCCUUCUCGAUUCACUGGAGAAUGGCAGACACCCCACCUUAUCAUCCACAAUGAACUGGACUACCGUCUUACAAUCGCCGAGGGUCUUGCAGCUUUCAAUGUGCUUCAAAUGCGCGGUAUUGAUAGCGCUUUCCUCACAUUCCCCGACGAGAACCAUUGGGUUCUGAACCCUGAGAACUCACUCCUGUGGCACCGGACAGUGCUUAACUGGAUUAACAAAUACGUCGGGUUGCCGCCUGUGGCAGACGAACCAGAUCUUUCGUCAGGCAUGAACAGCCUGGCUGUUUAG